AGUACUGCAGUUUGACAGAGAUCAGCUGUGAAGCUCUGUUCCUGGGAGGUGGAGAGCAGAGUGAUGGAGGAAUCAGAGGAAGUGGAGAUGAGUGUCAGAGCUGCAGCAGGAACUGAUCUGAGAUCAGCUCCACUGUCUCUCUCAGCAUCAAGUGGACAGUUUUUAUGGGCCCUUGCCGUAGUUGAUGAUGUCAUCCUUCCUGUCAGCGGUCUUUUCUCGUGGUUCCUGGAAUCCUGCACCUCUGUGGACCACAGAGUGGAUGAACGUUCACGAAAUAUCCUUCAGCUGGUCCAGAAAGCAGCAGCAUGGCUGUUGACCAAAGAAAGAUCAACUUCCAGCAGUUCUGGAUUCUGUGUGCAGUUCCGCUUUUAGUUCUUCUUCAUGUUUGUUCUUUACCAGAUCUUUCAGAAUCACAAAAAGUGGAUUAAGGUCCUCUGAUUAAAGGCUGCAGAAACUUAUUUUUCUCAUUAAGCCCCAAUUUCUAGAAUAGAACCAUGGCAGACAAAAGACAGUUCAAAAGAAAUCUCAUAAAAACUCUGACAAAAUGUAAAUUAAAUUCUUGUUGUCUGCUGGUUGAAGGUUUAUCUUUCAUAACUUUAUAAUCUUUCAUAUAGAAAUAUGCUUUGUUUUUAUAUUGUUUUAGUAUCUCCUUUGAUAUAUUAGUUAGAACUUUUAAUAUCAGAUGUGCGUUUCUAAUCAACAAACCCUGGCAACAGCUGCAGCCAAUCAUUGAUUAGACUUGUGUUUUUUAGUGCGCCGCCGCACACUAGUGUGCCGUGGGAGAUGGUCAGGUGUGCCGUGGGAAACUGCCCUCAUAAAUGAUCUGAAAACCAUUUACCAUCUCCAGGAAAUCAGCUCUGUGUUCAUCCUAAAAACCCUGAUAAAAAAUGUUUCUCCUCAAUUAACUUAAUUUAACAAAGCUAAAGUAGUUUGCCCAAAAUGUAUUUUUCCUUGUAGAUUUUCUUUGUUUUGUUAUUUCAUGAAUUAAGAUUGUUAAAAAAUAUUGACAGUAAUUCGAACCAGAUUUAGAUCCAGGUAAGCAGUUUAUACUGUACUUGUUUCAAAUAAAGUUUUAGCACGUGACCCGGAAGUAAACAAACUGAGGAGCUAGGAAAGCUAGCAGUGACUGGGAGGACGGUGGUGUUUUGUCAGUAUGUUUGUGUUUGUGUUUUUUUUAAAGAAAGGACGAUACGUGGUUCGUGUGGGAACUCUCAGCAUUUUCCAAAGUGUCGUAAAUGAGUGAAGAAGUGUUGAACGGAAAGACAACGUGGAUUGCUGUGAUUGUGAGACUAGCAGAUGAUCGAUCGGACUCGGAGCUGCAGUGAAGAGGACGGUGGUGUUUGUGGGAGUUGGAGCUGAAGAUCGGAGCAGGAACCAUGUCUUCAGAACCUCAGGAAGGUUCUGUCAGCGAACAACUUUCUGCUGCUGAAGGAACCAUCGUCCAGUACGAGCAGGAGCUCUGUCGUCAGCGCAGACUGCUGGAUAGCAGCUGGAACCCACAGCUUCAGCUACUACUACACCACAUACUAGUCCUCCCCCAGCAUUGGGUGACAGAAGAGGAAGAUCUCUGCAACCAGCAGAGGAACUUCAGAGUGGAACAGGAAGAACCAGAACCUCCACAGAUUAAAGAGGAACUGCAGGAUCCAGAACCUCCACAGGUUAAGGAGGAACCAGAGGAACUCUUCAUCAUUCAGGAUGAAGGUUGGCUUGAUCUGAAGCAGGAGACUGAUACCUUGAUGGAGAUUCCUACUUAUGAGGAAGAUGAGAACAGUGAAGCAGAUCUAAACAAUCAGCAGAGCUUUAAUGUAACUGAUAGUCAGGAUGAGGAAGUAAACCAAGAUGAAGAAUCUACAUCAACUUCAGAUGAAGAGACAGACCCACUGAACAGAGAUCAGAGGAAGAGAAGAGACAGAAGUCAUGUCCAAAGUGUGGACAGCUCUCACAUGUCAGCAGUCCUCCCUCAGCAUUGGGUGACUGAAGAGGAUCUCUGCAACCAGCACAGGAACGUCAGAGUGAAACUUGAGGAACCAGAAUCUCCACGGAUUAAAGAGGAACAGCAGGAACCAGAACCUCCACAGAUUAAAGAAGAACUGCAGGAACCAGAACCUCCACAGAUUGAAGAAGAACUGCAGGAACCAGAUCAUCUGCAGUUUAAAAAGGAGCAAGACGAGCUCUGUAUCAGUCAAUAUGAGCAGUGGUUUAACCUGAAGCAGGAGGACUGAUACCUUGAUGGAGAUUUCCUACUUUAUGAGGAAGAUGAGAACAGUGAAGCAGAUCUAAACAAUCAGCAGGGCUUUAAUGUAACUGAUAGUCUGGAUGAAAAAGGAAGCCAGCAUGAAGAAUCGACAUCAACUACAGAUGAAGAGACAGACCCACAGAACA